AUGCAAAAUGAUAAUGCUUAUUUAGUUAAGAGAAAAUUAGGAAAUGGCUCAUUCGGUUGUGUAUACUUAGUAUCUGACAUUAAAAGUAACCAAGAAUUUGCCUGCAAAAUUGUAAUUCAUAUGGUACUUAUUUUAGGUGUCUAAAUCUAUGCUGAGCAAAUAUUAGGCUGAGGGGAUGGUGAGGUAGGAGAUUCAAAUUCAAUCAAGCAUCAACCACAGAAAUGUAGUAAAAGUGUUUAAUUCAUUUGAAGAUACUAAAAACAUCUACAUUAUUUUAGAAUAUUGCAAGGAGGGUUAAUUACAAAUCCCUUCACAACCUUAUACAAAUAAGCAAUUAAUAUAAUUCCUCAAUCAAAUGCUCAGUGCUCUUGAUUCUAUUCAUCAAAUGAAUCUUGUGCAUAGGGAUAUCAAAGUAAGUAACAUCUCCCCAAUUCCAGUUAGACAACAUCCUUGUUCAUGAGGAUGGAUCAUACAAGCUUUCAGACUUUGGAUGGGCAACCCAAAUAUCUUAAAUCAAGCCUAUACUAUGUGGUACCACCGAGUAUAUGCCUCCAGAAGUUGUCAAUAACUAUAUUCAUGACCAAAAAGUAGAUUCCUGGUCUUUAGGAAUUGUACUCUAUGUAUUAAUAUCAUAUAUCUCAGAUUCUGACACAUUGCAGAAAACCUUUUUCAGCUAAAUCAGAUCGUGAAUUAAUUAAAUUAAUUUCUGAAAAUGAAAUUAAAAUUGAUACCUCAUUAGAUGAAAAUCUUUAAAUCCUCAUUCAAGCAUUACUUACUAAAGAUCCUAUAUAUAGACCUAAUAUCUAAUAGCUUUAUUUCAGCAAAUGGAUAAAAUUCUAAAUGAAACUUCAUAACAUAUUUAAUAAAUAUGAGCAUGAAAAACUAAAACAUAAAUUUAUUAAUCAAAAGAUUGAAAUCAAAUCUGUAGAUAAUCGGUAUUAUAUUAUAAUUAAAUUUUAGUGCUAUCUAAUAGAGAAGAAAGACUAUCACUUCAGACACUUCUCUAUCUCAUAGUAUUAGUACUUAGUUGAGUAAUUGUGAUAUGAAUGAAUCCGGAGUAGUAGAAAAAUAGAAAUAAGAUAAACUAUGA